AUGGCGUCUCUAGGAGCAUCGUUAUCAAGAUCAUGGCGAGGGUCUGCACGAUCGGCAUCGGCAACAACUCGAUCACUUAGUUCUACAGCUACAUUGCUCGCCAAACCCAAGAAUCCAUAUACCGACACGCUGUUACUGCCAAAGACGCCAUUCCCUCUUCGUGCCAAUGCUGUAUCGCGAGAGCACUUAUUCAAGGAUAGGUGUACGAGCGAGCUGUAUGAGUGGCAGCUCAAAAACAACCCAAAGGAGCUCUUUGUAUUACAUGAUGGUCCACCCUACGCUAAUGGCGAUGUGCAUUUGGGUCAUGCUUUGAACAAGAUUUUGAAGGAUAUUGUCAAUCGAUACAAGAUGAUCCAAGGUCACAAAGUAUGGUAUCGCCCUGGUUGGGAUUGUCACGGUUUACCAAUCGAGUUGAAGGCGCUGGAAGCUAUCCGGGAAUCAGGCACCAAGUUAUCUGCAGUGGAGAUUCGACAACUGGCAAAGAAACGAGCAUUGUCUGAAAUUGAAAAGCAAAAGAAGGAUUUCAAGAGCUGGGGUGUCAUUGGCGAUUGGAACAACCCAUAUCAAACAUUGACCAAGGAUUAUGAGAUUCGCCAGCUGAGAGUAUUCCAUGACAUGAUCAAGCGAGGAUAUAUUUAUCGUCGGCUCAAGCCUGUCUAUUGGUCUCCAUCAUCAAGGUCAGCAUUGGCUGAAGCAGAGUUGGAAUACAACGAGCAGCAUGUAUCCAGGUCAAUUCACGUACGCUUUCCAAUCACGGGUUUAUCAUCUGCACUUGAACAAAAAUGGAAAAACAUGGGUGACAUCCAUGCUGUCAUUUGGACAACGACCCCUUGGACACUCCCUGCCAAUAAGGCAAUUUCAAUCAACCCAGCUUUGAACUAUUCGCUGAUACGCAUUGCUCAAGGAGGCAACAAUCAUCUUUAUAUCAUUGGCGCUGAUCGAGUGGAGGCUUUUGCAGAGGAGAUUGAAGCAGACUCUUUUGAAAUCCUUGAUCAAGUGUCUGGCAGUGAUCUCAUUGGUACAAGUUACACGCAUCCAUUGUGGAAGACUGAAAUGCCGUUGAUUGGUGGUGAUCACGUUACUGCUGACUCGGGUACCGGUCUCGUACACACAGCACCAGGUCAUGGUAUGGAGGAUUAUGAAGUGUGUCAAAAGCUUGGUAUCGAACCUUUCAGCCCUGUGGAUGAUCAAGGCUUCUAUACAAAUGAAGCAGGCCCUCAAUUUGCAGGAAAGGAAGCUUUCAGUGAAGGUGCAAGCGCUGUUAUUGAAGCAUUGGAAAAUGGCUCGUUUUUGGUCAAGCAAUGUGAUUAUGUGCACAAGUAUCCAUAUGAUUGGCGUACAAAGAAACCUGUCAUGUUAAGAGCCACUGCUCAAUGGUUUACAAACGUUGAAGAUCUUCAAAAGGAGGCGGUGAAAGCAUUGAAGAAUGUGAAGAUGGUCCCUGAUGUUUCGAUUCGUCGAUUGGAACAAUUCACUUUAUCGCGCAAAGAGUGGUGUAUCUCUCGUCAACGUGCAUGGGGCGUUCCUAUCCCUGCUCUUUAUGAUGUUGAGACUGGAGAACCUCUUCUCACUGAUUCAUCGGUGGAGCAUAUCAUCAAGGUGUUCAAUGAGCGAGGAACGGAUUGCUGGUGGGAAGAAGCGGAUGACACUAUAUUUGUCGCACCAGAGUAUCGCAACAAUGGCAAGGUUUACAAGAGAGGAUAUGAUACCAUGGAUGUAUGGUACGACAGCGGCACUUCAUGGACGAUGAUUAAGGAAUACACUGGCCGAGAUGGCAAGGACAAGCCUUUGGCCGACGUAUAUCUUGAGGGCAGUGAUCAGCAUCGUGGUUGGUUUCAGUCAUCAUUAUUGACUUCGAUUGCUGUGACUGGAAACACUCCAUAUGGCACGUUGAUUACACACGGCUUCACUCUUGAUGAACAAGGUCGCAAGAUGUCUAAGAGUAUUGGAAAUACCAUUGUGCCUAGUGUCAUUACCCAUGGUGGAAAGGAUAAGAAACUUUGGCCAGCCUAUGGAACCGAUGUUUUACGUAUGUGGGUCGCUAGCUGUGAAUACACACGCGAUGUUUCGUUAGGGCCAUCCAUCAUUGCUCAAGUAUCUGACAGCAUCCGCAAGAUCCGCACCACAGCUCGUUUCUUACUUGGCAAUCUCCAUGACUUUUCAUACAAUGACUGCGUUCCUUACAGUGAUCUAAAAGAUAUUGACAAAUACAUGCUCCAUGAGGUGGUACAAUUCAGCAAGCGAGUUACGCAGGCGUACGACGACUAUACAUUUAAUAGAGCUACUCAACAUAUACAAAACUUCACAACCAACGACCUUUCCGCAUUUUAUUUUGAUGUCAUCAAGGAUCGCUUGUACAACGAGCAGCCAAAUUCCCCAUCAAGGCGAUCAGCACAAACGGUGCUCUACCAUGUUCUCCGCGCCUACACAUCCUCAUUUGCACCCUUUGCAUGCCAUACAGCCGAAGAGAUUUAUGAAAAUUACAAAGCAAUGACACCUCAACCUGAGACAUCAGUAUUUAAACAAGGAUGGUUUGCAUUGGAACCACAAUGGCACAAUGCUGAGCUAGAAAAUAAGUGGUCUGUGCUGAAGCAGCUCAAAGCUCAAGUAAAUCAAGUGUUGGAAUUGGCACGGCAAGACAAAGUGAUUCGAUCAUCUCAGGAAGCCGACGUAGAUCUUGUCAUUGAUGGAAAGUCGCCUGCAGGAUCCCUGAUACACGCAAUGAAUCCGGAUGAACUAUCCAGCUUAUUUUUGACGUCACGAGUACACUUGCAUGAUGUUGGCACCGAUAUAUCUGGUCGAUUUGAGCAGGGCACUGAGCUGGGAUCAGAACAAACGCCAUGCCGUAUUGUAGCUCGGGCUUCAUCACAACAUAAAUGUCCACGAUGCUGGAACUAUCAUGCUCAUGAAGCUGAUACACUAUGCCCUAGAUGUACCAAUGUUUUGCAGCAAUAA